AUGAAUAAUCCUGAAAGUGUGAGCAGUUACAUGGCUGAAAGGGAUUUUUUUGAUUCGGCUUCUGGUCUGUCGGACAAGUUAGAGCUUACUGAUAUCCAUCGUCAGAUUGUGCAAAGGCUCUCAAACUUUACCACCACAAUCACAGAGCAACAACAAAAGCUAAAGGAAAACCUCGACGAUGCCACAGCCAUCACACUUUCUAUAGAAGACAAGGCGAAUGAGUUGUGCCUCUUAGAGCGCAGCUUUUUUUACUAUAAGCGUCUGCAGGAUAUGGUCAUCACGGAGCUAAGGAACUGGCUUCGUCAACAGGUGCUGGCAGCAAAUGAAGCACAGUUCAAUAAAGAUAAUCUGGAUGAGAUACAACGUUGCUUGGAGUUGCUGGAAAACUUCAUCAAUCAAUUACUGGCUGCUAUCGAGGGCAUUCCAAAAGAAGAUGAAGAAGUCGCUGAGCUUCGCGAGCGAAUGCAGCGGGCGCAAAAGUAUCUGCUAGGAUCAGCAUUGAUUGUGGUCAAACAGCCGCCACAAGUGCUCAGGACAAACACACGCUUUGCAGUCUCAGUGCGAUGGCUUCUGGGCUCCCAACUGGUCAUGAGCCGGAAUCCGCCCACAAUCAAGUGUAACAUUAUUUCUGAGAGGCAGGCAAAACAUUUUGUGGACCGUCAAAACCCCCACUUGAAUGUGAUCAAGUGCCAUUUAAGCCAAAUGGAGUCGGGAAAGCUGCAGAACAGUUCAAGCAUCAUGGAAUAUCAACCGACAAAGCAAAUAUUCUGCGCCAACUUUAAGAAUAUGCUGCUCAAGAAAAUCAAUCGAUCGAACCCAGUUGACAGUAUUUUGGACGAAAAGUUCACGCUGUUCUUCUAUGCAACGUUUAAAUUGAAUGACAACUAUAUUUGCUCCUGGACAUUUUCACUGCCCGUGGUGGUGAUUGGGCAUAGCAGACAGAGGCCAAAAUCUUGGGCUACCAUCAUAUGGGACAAUGCAUUCGCGGAUGUUAUACGCAUUCCCUUUGUGGUCAGCGACUAUGGCACCUGGUUGGAGUUAUCUACUGCGCUCAAUAUGAAAUUUACAGCCUGCACACAGCGUCCAUUAACCGCAGACAACUUGGCGUUUCUACAUGAAAAACUCGUGGGUCGACGCUUCGCAUACAUAACAUGGAAUGAGUUCUGCAAGAAUCCGUUGCCAGAAUGCAGAUUCACCUUCUGGGAGUGGUUCUACUCCGUCAUGAGACUGAUCAAGAACCAUCUGAUGCCCUUGUGGAAGGCAAAUCUUAUCACGGGCUUCUUCACCAAGGACAGGACUCAGUGUGAGUUGCAUUGCGCAGAACCUGGAACAUUCCUGUUGCGCUUCUCCGAGAGCAAAUUAGGUGGCAUCUCCAUUGCCUAUGUGAAUGAGGAGCAAGCCAUAACGAUGCUCUCGCCAUGGACUGCUCACGAUUUGCGCAUCAUCAAACUCGCCGAUCGCAUACGUGAUCUGCCAAUGCUGCACUUCCUGUUUCGGAUCGACAACAAGGGCGAGAGUUUGGAUCGUGAUGAUGCCUUUGGACAGUUUUAUUCGCAGUAA